GAAUAGUUCGAUGCUGAAAGAAAAUCCCUGCACAGUCCUGAAUGUUUGUAAAAGGGGCGAUUAAAGAACUCUUGAAACAGUAGCUCAAAAAAUGUUAAAAAAUCAGUGAGAGCACACAACCUCAAAGUCUCCCACUCUGGCUACUUGGAGAAAGUAUAUCCAUAUAUUAGAGAUCAAAUCAAGAAAUCAAGUGCUCCAAAAACAUUAGUUGUCAGCCCAUCGCAACCCAGCCUGUAGGACUCAUUUGGAAAUCAGUGAAGAAGCCGACAAUUGGAGAUAGUUCCAAGCAUCCCCAUGUGGGAUACCUUUUUUGGCUCAUUGAUGCAGCUUCUCUAGCUACUUGUUCUGUUUUGUUGUUCAUCUCACUUUCUCUGCUCUUCAUCUGAAGUAAGGCACUUAACUCUAAAAUUCAAUCUGAAGUUUCUGAGCUUCUUCAACUCACCAUGUGGGACGCGGAAAGCGAGACCGGAGGAGGGCGAGAUUACAGCAAUGGAGUUCUCAGCAUAAGCAAGCAUGGACUUAAAACCGAUGGUUUUGAGCAAAGAGGCCAGUCUUGGUAUGUUGCAACUGAUAUCCCAAGUGACUUUUUAGUUCAAAUUGGAGAUGUUAAUUUCCAUUUACAUAAGUAUCCUCUGCUUUCUAGAAGUGGCAAGUUGAACAGAAUCAUAUAUGAAUCACGGGAAGACCUGAACAAGAUAGUUUUAGAUGACCUCCCAGGUGGACCUGAGGCUUUUGAGCUUGCAGCAAAAUUUUGCUAUGGGAUUGCUGUUGAUCUGACAGCAAACAAUAUCUCUGGCCUUAGAUGUGCAGCAGAGUACCUGGAAAUGACAGAGGACUUAGAAGAAGGCAAUCUAAUAUUCAAGACAGAAGCUUUUCUCAGCUACGUGGUUUUGUCAUCAUGGAGAGAUUCUAUACUAGUACUUAAAAAUAGUGAGAAGCUGUCGCCAUGGGCAGAGAACCUUCAAAUUGUCAGAAGAUGCAGCGAGUCCAUUGCUUGGAAAGCUUGUGCUAAUCCAAAAGGAAUAAGAUGGCAAUAUACAGGGAGGCCCCCAAAAGUAUCUAGCCCUAGUUGGAAUGAAAUGAAGGAUUCCAGUCCAAGCAGAAACCAACAAGUGCCACCUGAUUGGUGGUUUGAAGAUGUUUCGAUUCUCAGGAUUGAUCACUUUGUACGUGUUAUUACUGCUAUUAAGGUAAAGGGGAUGAGACAUGAACUAAUUGGAGCUGCAAUAAUGCAUUACGCAGCUAAAUGGCUUCCAGGACUAAUAACGGAGGGAUCAGCAGCAGCUGAUGAGGGAAGCAAUUACAGCCACGCUAAUGACAUAAACAGAAGUUGGAAAGGGGGGCUCCAUAUGAUUGUAGCUGGGACAAAAGAAGAUAUACCAACUGUUCAGGCUAAGGAUCAAAGAAUGAUUAUUGAGAGCCUUAUUAGCUUAAUACCUCCCCAGAAGGACAGUGUUUCCUGUAGCUUCCUUCUUCGACUGUUGAGAAUGGCAAACUUGUUGAAAGUAGCUGCUGCUCUGGUUACUGAAUUGGAAAAGAGGGUAGGCAUGCAGUUUGAACAGGCUACAUUGGCAGAUCUUCUCAUUCCUUCAUACAACAAGAGUGAAACUUUAUACGAUGUUGAUCUAGUUCAAAGACUACUGGAGCAUUUCCUUGUCCAAGAGCAGACAGAAAGUUCAAGUCCUAGCAGACAAUCAUUUGCUGAAGCACCCCAAAGGGGUACAAAUCCAAAUGCUAAGAUGAGAGUGGCAAGGCUGGUUGACAGUUAUCUAACAGAGGUGUCCAGAGAUAGAAAUCUCUCCCUAACGAAAUUUCAGGUCUUGGCAGAAGCUCUACCUGAUUCAGCAAGAACCUGUGAUGAUGGACUAUAUAGAGCUGUUGAUUCCUACCUGAAGGCCCAUCCAACACUAUCAGAGCAUGAAAGGAAGAGGCUUUGCCGUGUAAUGGAUUGCCAGAAGCUCUCAAUUGAUGCAUGCAUGCAUGCUGCUCAGAAUGAACGGCUUCCUCUAAGAGUAGUAGUGCAAGUUCUCUUCUCUGAACAGGUGAAGAUAAGCAAUGCAAUAGCUAGUAGCUCCCUCAAGGAAGCUGGAGAAUCCCACUACCAGCCAAUGGUGUCAACCCGUAAGACAUUGCUUGAAGGGACGCCACAGUCAUUUCAAGAAGGAUGGGCAACUGCCAAGAAGGACAUCAACACUCUCAAGUUUGAGCUUGAAACAGUCAAGGCUAAGUACUUGGAACUCCAAAACGACUUUGAAACCUUACAGAGACAGUUCGAUAAGAUGGCUAAGCCAAAGCAAACUUUCGCAUGGACCUCAGGGUGGAAAAAGCUAGGCAAGCUCACCAAGAUGUCAAAUUUGGAAAACCAUGAUGAUGGACCCCAGAUUUCGAAUCCAGAACAACCUAAAAAGGCACCUAGAAGGUGGAGAAAUUCCGUUUCUUGAGAACUAAGGAAGUGAAGAAGUUCAAUUUGUAUCUUUCAUUCCAUUGAUGUGGAGCAUAUAAGCAAUUGGGCAAGCAUACACUGGGACCUGGAUGGAUUGGAAAAAGGAUUAUCAGGGGCAUUAUCUCUCUCUCUCUCUCUCUCCAUGUAGGUUGUCAUAGUUGUUGUCCAGUUUUUCCAUAAGACCAAGUAUUCGAUCUUGCACACAAAAUUGCAGAGAAGGAACAAUUCAUCAGCUUAGUGUUUUGUUUCUUCCUACCCUUCCUGAAUAUCAAUGGAACACUAAUUGUAUAUCAUGAGAAUAGUUCAAAGCCAGACAAAGUUGUUAGGGUAU